UAUUAAUUGGGAGUCGUCUUCUUUUGGCGAAAUCUCUCGACGAGCAGAUCGGAUCGAAUCAAUUCUCGAUAGUAAAGGAGGGAAAGGCUAUAUCUGCUGCCCACCGACUGCGUAUCUUCUCGCUUGCCUUCCCCGCUACCAUCGCCGGCCCAGUUCUUGUGCCUCUCCUUCUCUCGGUCGACUCUCUUCGUCGUUCCCAACCAUCGCGGUCGCCGAAGAGGAAACGAUCUGUAGCCAGUUCUAUCAUCUCUCCACUUUACUGAAGUUCCUUUGAGUUUGAAAGCUCCUAUGGCACAGCCAUCAAAUCAAAAGACAGUAUCGGUGUAUUUUUAUAUUCCCAAUAUUAUAGGAUAUAUAAGAGUCAUCAUGAAUUGUGUGGCAUUUGCUCUUUGUUAUUAUCAGAAGACUCUCUUUACCAUUCUCUACUUUGUUAGCUUUUGCUGUGACGCAUUGGAUGGUUGGCUUGCUCGGAAGUUCAAUCAAGUGUCAACUUUUGGAGCUGUUUUGGAUAUGGUAACUGACAGGGUUAGCACUGCAUGUCUACUGGCUGUUCUCUCACAAUUGUAUAGGCCAGGCUUGAUUUUCCUGGCAUUGCUUGGGUUGGACAUUGCAAGUCAUUGGCUGCAAAUGUACAGUUCAUUCUUAUCUGGCAAAACUAGCCACAAGGAUGUAAAGGACUCAACUAAUUGGCUUUUCAAAUUAUACUAUGGGAACCGCAUGUUCAUGGCCUUCUGCUGUGUUGGAUCUGAGGUUCUUUACAUUAUCCUCUAUGUUCUUGCUGAUGAGAAAUAUGAAAGCUUGUUUGAGGUUUAUGCAUAUGCUUUGGGACAAAAGUCACUUCUUUCUUUACUGUUCCUUUUAGCUUCCAUUGGAUGUGCAAUUAAGCAAGUGGUGAACGUCAUCCAGAUGAAGUCUGCCGCAGAUGCUUGUGUGUAUCAUGAUAUGAAAAGAAGCACCUGAGGAUGAACUCCGAGUAACAGAUGUCAAUGGCUCCAUUUCUGCUCAAAGCAAACCUUGGCAAUCGACUUUUGACUUUUAUUUGACUUUGAAACUGUUUGGGCGUCUUAAAAAGUUAGGUCCACUUUAUUCAUAUUCAACUGAUUGGGACUUUAUCAAUAGUGUUUCAUGUCUUUGUUAUGAGAGAGUUUGGGGAGUCUUGGAACAAUCACCAUUUCAGUUUUGGCACUAAUCUAGAGCUUGAAUUUUCAGUGAUA